CCGCGCUCUGCGGGCUGGGAGGUCGGGCCGAGACGCGCGUCCUGCGCAGCCGAGGCUCCCCAGCGCCCCCUGCAGCCGCGCGUAAGGGGAGACGGGGCCCGGCCCUGCGCCUCCGCACCACACCCGGGACCCCACCCAGCGGCCCAUACCCGGAGAAUCAGCGCGAGAACCCGAAGCUCCCGGCGAGCGGCAGAAACCGGGAGUGGGGCCGGGCGAGUGCGCGGCAUCCCAGGCCAGCCGAAUCGCUCCGCCCGCGGUGGGCCGACUUCCCCUCCUCUUCCCUCCCUCCUUCCUUUCCUGUAGCCCGCCGGCGCCGGACACGCUGCGCCUCAUCUCUUGGGGCGUUCUUCCCCGUUGGCCAACCGUCGCAUCCCGUGCAACUUUGGGGUAGUGGCCGUUUAGUGUUGAAUGUUCCCCACCGACAGCGCAUGGCUUGGGAAGCGAGGCGCGAACCUGGUCCCCGAAGGGCCGCCCUCCGGGAGACGGUGAUGUUGUUGCUGUGCCUGGGGGUCCCGACCGGCCGCCCCUACAACGUGGACACUGAGAGCGCGCUGCUUUACCAGGGCCCCCCCAACACGCUGUUCGGCUACUCGGUCGUGCUGCACAGCCAAGGGGCGAACAGAUGGCUCGUGGUGGGUGCGCCCACUGCCAACUGGCUCGCCAACGCUUCAGUGAUCAAUCCCGGGGCGAUUUACAGAUGCAGGAUCGGGAAGAAUCCCGGCCGGACGUGCGAACAGCUCCAGCUGGGUAGCCCUAAUGGAGAACCUUGUGGAAAGACUUGUUUGGAAGAGAGAGACAAUCAGUGGUUGGGGGUCACACUUUCCAGACAGCCAGGAGAAAAUGGAUCCAUCGUGACUUGUGGGCAUAGAUGGAAAAAUAUAUUUUACAUAAAGAAUGAAAAUAAGCUCCCCACUGGUGGUUGCUAUGGAAUGCCCCCUGAUUUACGAACAGAACUGAGUAAAAGAAUAGCUCCGUGUUAUCAAGAUUAUGUGAAAAAAUUUGGAGAAAAUUUUGCAUCAUGUCAAGCUGGAAUAUCUAGUUUUUACACAAAGGAUUUAAUUGUGAUGGGAGCCCCAGGAUCAUCUUAUUGGACUGGCUCUCUUUUUGUCUACAAUAUAACUACAAAUAAAUACAAGGCUUUUUUAGACAGACAAAAUCAAGUAAAAUUUGGAAGUUAUUUAGGAUAUUCAGUUGGAGCUGGUCAUUUUCGGAGUCAGCAUACUACUGAAGUAGUUGGAGGAGCUCCUCAACACGAGCAGAUUGGUAAAGCAUAUAUAUUCGGCAUUGAUGAAAAAGAACUAAAUAUCUUACAUGAAAUGAAAGGUAAAAAGCUUGGAUCGUACUUUGGAGCUUCUGUCUGUGCUGUGGACCUUAACGCAGAUGGCUUCUCAGAUCUGCUCGUGGGAGCGCCCAUGCAGAGCACCAUCAGAGAGGAAGGAAGAGUGUUUGUGUACAUCAACUCCGGCUCGGGAGCAGUAAUGAAUGAAAUGGAAACAAACCUCGUUGGAAGUGACAAAUAUGCUGCAAGAUUUGGCGAAUGUAUAGUUAAUCUUGGUGACAUUGACAAUGAUGGCUUUGAAGAUGUUGCUAUUGGAGCUCCACAAGAAGAUGACUUGCAAGGUGCUAUUUAUAUUUACAAUGGCCGUGCAGAUGGGGUCUCAUCAGCCUUCUCGCAGAGAAUCGAAGGACUUCAGAUCAGCAAAUCGUUAAGUAUGUUUGGACAGUCUAUAUCAGGACAAAUUGAUGCAGAUAAUAAUGGAUAUGUAGAUGUAGCAGUUGGUGCUUUUCGGUCUGAUUCUGCUGUGUUGCUAAGGACAAGACCUGUAGUCAUUGUUGAAGCUUCUUUAAGCCACCCUGAGUCAGUAAAUAGAACGAAAUUUGACUGUGUUGAAAAUGGAUGGCCUUCUGUGUGCAUGGAUCUAACACUUUGUUUCUCAUAUAAGGGCAAGGAAGUUCCAGGUUACAUUGUUUUGUUUUAUAACAUGAGUUUGGAUGUGAACAGAAAGACAGAGUCUCCACCAAGAUUCUAUUUUUCUUCUAAUGGAACUUCUGACGUGAUUACAGGAAGCAUACAAGUGUCCAGCGGAGUAGCUAACUGUAGAACACAUCAAGCAUUUAUGCGGAAAGAUGUGCGGGACAUCCUUACCCCAAUUCAGAUUGAAGCUGCUUACCACCUUGGUCCUCACGUCAUCAGUAAACGAAGCACAGAGGAAUUCCCACCACUUCAGCCAAUUCUUCAGCAGAAGAAAGAAAAAGACAUAAUUAAAAAAACAAUAAGCUUUGCAAGGUUUUGUGCCCAUGAAAAUUGUUCUGCUGAUUUACAGGUUUCUGCAAAGAUUGGGUUUUUCAAGCCCCAUGAAAAUAAAACCUACCUUGCUGUUGGGAGUAUGAAGACAUUAAUGUUGAAUGUGUCCUUGUUUAAUGCUGGAGAUGAUGCAUAUGAAACGACUCUACAUGUCAAACUACCCAUGGGUCUUUACUUCAUUAAGAUUUUAGAGCUGGAAGAGAAGCAAAUAAACUGUGAAGUCACAGAUAACUCUGGCAUGGUACAACUUGACUGCAGUAUUGGCUAUAUAUAUGUAGAUCAUCUCUCAAGGAUAGAUAUUAGCUUUCUCCUGGAUGUGAGCUCACUCAGCAGAGCGGAAGAGGACCUCAAUAUCACAGUGCAUGCUACCUGUGAAAAUGAAGGGGAAAUGGACAAUCUAAAGCACAGCAGAGUGACUGUAGCAAUACCUUUAAAAUAUGAGGUUAAGCUGACUGUUCAUGGGUUUGUAAACCCAACUUCAUUUGUGUAUGGAUCAAAUGAUGAAAAUGAGCCUGAAAUGUGCAUGGUGGAGAAAAUGAACUUAACUUUCCAUGUUAUCAACACUGGCAAUAGCAUGGCUCCUAAUGUUAGUGUGGAAAUAAUGGUACCAAAUUCUUUCAGCCCCCAAACUGAUAAGCUGUUCAACAUUUUGGAUGUCCAGACUACUACUGGAGAAUGCCACUUUGAAAAUUAUCAAAGAGUAUGUGCAUUAGAGCAGCAAAAGAGUGCAAUGCACACCUUGAAAGGCAUGUUCCAGUUCUUGUCCAAGACUGAUAAGAGGCUAUUGUACUGCAUAAAAGCUGAUCCACAUUGUUUAAAUUUCCUAUGUAAUUUCGGGAAAAUGGAAAGUGGAAAAGAAGCCAGUGUUCAUAUCCAGUUGGAAGGCCGACCAUCCAUUUUAGAAAUGGAUGAGACUUCAGCACUCAAAUUUGAAAUAAGAGCAACAAGUUUUCCAGAGCCAAAUUCAAGAGUUAUUGAACUAAACAAGGAUGAGAAUGUUGCACAUGUUCUCCUGGAAGGACUACAUCAUCAAAGACCCAAACGUUAUUUCACCAUAGUGAUUAUUUCAAGUAGCUUGCUACUUGGACUUAUUGUACUUCUGUUGAUCUCAUAUGUUAUGUGGAAGGCCGGCUUCUUUAAAAGACAAUACAAAUCUAUCCUACAAGAAGAAAACAGAAGAGACAGUUGGAGUUACAUCAACAGUAAAAGCAAUGAUGAUUAAGGACUUCUUUCAAAUUGAGAGAAUGGAAAACAGACUCAGGUUGUAGUAAAGAAAUUUAAGACACUGUUUACAAGAAAAAAUGAAUUUUGUUCGGACUUCUUUUACUCAUGAUCUCGUGACAUAUUAUGUCUUCAUGCAAAGGGAAAAUCUCAGCAGUGAUUACUCUUUGAGAAAGAAGAACUGCAAAGGUAAUAAUACAGCCGAAGAUAAUCUCUCAGCUUUUAAAUGGGUAGAGAAACACUAAAGCAUUCAAUUUAUUCAAGAAAAGUAAAUCCUUGAAAAUAUCUUGAAAUGAAAGUAUAACUGAGUUAAAUCAUACUGGAGAAGUCUUAGACUUGAAAUACUACUUACCAUAUGUGCUUGCCUCAGUAAAACGAACCCCGCUGGGUAGGCAGAGGUUCAUUUCAAAUACAUCUUUGAGACUUGUUCAAAAUAUGUUCUUUAAAAAUAUAAUUUUUUAGAGAGCUAUUCCCAAAUUUUCUAAUGAGUGGAAGUGGACCAUUAUCACUUUAAAGCCCUUUAUUUAUAAUACAUUUCCUAUGGGUUUUGUUUUUUUAGCAGACUAUGAAUAUUAUAGGCCUAAUGGGCAAACUUCAGACUGAACAUGUACACUGGUUUGAGCUUAAUGAAAUGACUUCUGGAUAAUUAUUUUUAUACAGCUAUGGAUUUCCCCAUCUUUCUGUAUAUAUACAUGUGUUUAGGUAUAUAUUUACACACCUUUAUCAAGCAUACCCAGGAGUAAAUAGUUAAGAACCAUCUUCAAAUCUUUUGUUAUAAAAUAUUCGAAUUUAUAUUCUGAAACAAAAGAUCGUGUGAGUGUUGCACUUUAGCUCAUAUACACUGAUUUUAAAAAUAUGGAAACCAUACCUCACUAAUAACUUUAAAAUCAAAGCUGUGCAAAGACUAGGGGGCCUAUACUUCAUAUGUAUCAUGUACUAUGUAAAUAUUGACUAUCACACAAAUAUUUGCUUGGAUGCAAUUCUUUGUUAAUCUUUACAAAUGUAAGUGUUCCUUUGCAUGGAAAUGAAGAAACAAAAUUCAUAAAUUUAGCUGAAAGAUACUGAUUCAGUUUGUAUACAGUGAAUAUAAAAUUUUCAUGAAAUGUUAA